ACGACUCGUUCAAGAACGACCCAUCACUACUAAUAGUUGUGUGGUGAUUCUGUACAAUUGAGCUCAUGGAUGGAUAAACCCUGUCAAACGUUUAACAUCUACAAAUCAUCAUCAAAUCAUUCUGCUGCAGGUCUCCGUUAAUGCUAGCCAGGUAUGGCGCUGUGGAUUCAGGCACAGCAGCUGCAGGGGGAUGCCCUGCAUCAGAUGCAGUCUCUCUAUGGGCAGCACUUCCCCAUCGAGGUGCGCCACUACCUGGCGCAUUGGCUGGAGGCUCAGCCAUGGGAUGCCAUCGACCUGGAUAACCAGCAGGAAGAGUUUAAAGCAAAGCGUCUGCUGGAGGGUCUGAUCAAGGAGCUGCAGAGGAAGGCAGAACAUCAGAUGGGUGAAGAUGGUUUCCUGCUGAAGAUCAAACUGGGUCAUUAUGCCUCACAGCUGAAGAGCUCAUAUGACCCUUGCCCUCUGGAGCUUGUGCGGUGUGUCAAACACAUCCUGUACACUGAGGAGAGACUUGUAAAGGAAGCAUCCAACGCCAGCAGUCCGGGGUCAGGCCCGGUAGAUGGGACCCCUCAGAGAUAUCAGCAGAUCAACCAGACGUUUGAGGAGCUACGUGUUAUGACACACGACACAGAGAAUGACCUCCGGAAGCUACAGCACAGUCAAGAAUACUUCAUCAUUCAGUACCAGGAGAGCUUGAGGAUACAGGCUCAAGUGAGUAGUUUGGCCAGCCUUCCUCCAGUUGAGCGGGUUCAGAAAGAGUCAAGUCUGCAGAGCAGGAAGUCAACGCUAGAGACAUGGCUCACUCGAGAGGCCAACACCUUACAGAAAUACAGACAGGAACUGGCAGAGAAGCAUCAGAGGACUCUAGCUCUGUUGAGGAAACAGCAAACCGUGAUCAUAGAUGAUGAACUUAUUCAGUGGAAGAGACGACAGCAGCUCGCAGGCAAUGGAGGACCAUCAGAGGGAGGACUGGACAUACUGCAAGCCUGGUGUGAAAAGUUGGCCGAUAUGAUUUGGCAAAACAGACAGCAGAUUCGCCGAGUUGAACACCUGACACAGCAGCUGCCCAUUCCCGGACCCAUAGAAGAAAUGCUUACUGAACUCAACGCUACUGUCACAGACAUUAUAUCAGCACUCGUCACCAGCACAUUCAUAAUUGAGAAACAGCCUCCUCAAGUGCUGAAGACUCAAACCAAAUUUUCGGCAACAGUUCGCUUACUGGUCGGAGGGAAACUCAAUGUCCACAUGAAUCCUCCACAGGUUAAGGCCACCAUCAUCAGUGAACAGCAGGCCAAGGCCUUACUGAAGAACGAGAACACCCGCAAAAGUGACAGCAGUGGAGAGAUUCUGAACAACAACUGUGUGAUGGAGUACCACCAAACCACUGGCACCCUGAGUGCACACUUCAGGACCAUGUCUCUGAAGCGUAUUAAGCGGUCAGACCGCCGCGGGGCAGAGUCAGUGACUGAAGAGAAGUUUACGGUUCUGUUUGAGUCUCAGUUCAGUGUGGGAGGCAAUGAACUUGUGUUUCAUGUGAAGACAUUAUCCCUACCUGUUGUUGUCAUCGUUCAUGGGAGUCAAGAUAAUAAUGCUACAGCAACAGUACUGUGGGAUAAUGCUUUCUCUGAGACGGGUCGAGUGCCAUUCGUGGUGCCUGAAAAAGUUCUGUGGCCACAGCUGUGCGAGGCUUUGAACAUGAAAUAUAAAUCAGAGGUUCAGAGCGACAGAGGCCUGUCAGAAGACAAUCUGGUGUUUCUCGCUCAGAAAGCCUUCAGCAUAUCCAACAACAACCCUGAGGACUACUGCAACAUGGCCAUAACCUGGUCUCAGUUCAAUAGGGAAAGCUUGCCAGGCAGGAACUUCACAUUCUGGCAGUGGUUUGAUGGGGUCAUUGAGCUCAUGAAGAAACACCUGAAGUCUCACUGGAAUGAUGGAGCGAUUCUGGGUUUCCUGAACAAGCAGCAAGCUCAGGACAUGUUGAUGUCCAAACCAAAUGGUACGUUCCUUCUGCGCUUCAGUGACUCUGAGAUUGGAGGCAUCACCAUAGCGUGGGUCGCAGAAAACCCGAACAAAGCAGGAGAACGGAUGGUGUGGAACCUGAUGCCCUUCACUACUAAAGAUUUCUCUAUCCGCUCUCUGGCCGACCGGAUCAGUGAUCUGAAUCAUCUGCUCUUCCUCUAUCCCAAUCAGCCGAAAGAGGAAGUCUUCUCCCGUUACUGCACACCUCCAAACUCAAAAGCAGUGGGGGAUGGAUAUGUCAAACCAGAGAUCAAGCAGGUGGUGAAGGUUGAGUUUUCUUCACCCAAUCCUGAACCCUCUCCUGGAAAUUCCUUCAUGGAGCAUACAGCAUCACCCACUGUCAAUCAACACCAUAACUUCACAAUCUAUCCAUCAAUGAAUGACUCCAUGUUAGACACUGAAGGUGAAUUUGAUCUGGAUGAGACCAUGGACAUGGCCCGACAGGUGGAGGAGUUCCUGCGACACCCCAUGGAAACCCAGUGGAGUGGACAAUAGUCAUGACCUUUAAGCUUUUGAUCCCUAAUGUGAACUACACAAAAACUCAAUGGUUCCAUUCCAUGUUUUUAUCUUAACAAAUGUGAAAUGUUGUUUAUCAAAACUGAUCAGUGGAUGUGUAACUGCCUUUGCAUUUUAUAUAUAGUUUAAUGUGUAAUUUUUUAUCAUUAACCAUUGAAGAACAAACAAUGGUCUGUAGUGUGCAAUGAUGCUCUUCUGUUUGGCUGAAUAUGAGUAGCUACUUUAAUAGACAGUGUUGGUUUGCCACUUUCAAUACCUUUUAUCUUGAUUUGUUAUACUAGUCUUAUAAAAAUCUACUUUAUCAAAUCUUUUUCUAGUCAAACAGUUGGCUAAGACAUUGAGCUGACAGUAUUCAGUCUUCUCAAUUUGUUCAUCUCCAGUAAGGAUCCACUAUCUCAAUUUGUUUCUGCAGUUUUCUCCUCCUUUGGAGGUCCACUCUGUCGAAAAUGCAUUCCGGGGGGUCCUCCUCAGUUGAAAUAGCGUUUCAAGGGUGGUGAGUGAGAGAUGGAUUUAACCUGCAGAUUAAAAAACAGCCCAAGAAACAGUGUAAAAGGUUGCAUUGUCUAAUUUCUGCAACUAGUGGCACUACACAGAAUUGCAAAAAAUGCUGAAUGUAUUUAACAGGGUUUUCAAUCACCCUGUCUUGCAUUGUCUACCAAACAGGUAGCCCUGGCUGGGCUGAUAACUGUAGUUACAGAAUCCCAUGGCAUUGAAAAUUUAUCAAAUUUGUUAUGUCACCUCAGAAUAUCCAUGUUUUCUUAACCAUCCACACUUUAAGCUGUUAGUUUAAUAGGCGAUUUUAAGAUUUGUUAUUGGGAAUGUUGUAUUUAAUGUAUGACCUAACAAUAGUUUGUUGAUCAUAGACAGCAUCUUCUCUGAUAAACAGGCGAUCAUGUUAUGCUGA